CCACCAACUAUAAGCCAACCCUGUUAUCUUCCGCAUUUUCUCCUUAAAACAUUAUCAGUAUAUAACCCUUCAACCAAGACAACCUUUCUUUAUUUCAUCUCCCAUAAUAAAAUUAAAAAUAAAAAUAAAAUUUAUGCAAAGAAGUAACAAUGGAGAACCCUUCAUCUCCUUUCUUACUACUUCGCAACCUCAUCAUGCCGCUGCUUAUGUCAACAAACAAAUCCCAUAUCUUCCUCCCUCGUAAAUCCAAGAUUCUCCAUAUCAUCCGUUAUCUGUUUGUCUCCAUCUUUUUGAUCAUCUUCCACCUCGUUCAUUCCCUUGCCUUUCACCUUCCUUUCUUCUCUAAAGUUCGUAAACAUCAUGAUAAUGGUAUAUAUGAUCAUGAGCAGCUGAUAAACAGCGGCAUAACCUUGGACACAGCCAUUGCUCGCACCAUAUACCAGCUGCUUUCUCUUAUGAACAGCAUCCCAACCAGCUCAAGGAAAUAUGAAGUCGUGCGUUCCUUGGCUGAGAAUCUGAUCGACGAAAACCUCCAAGAAGGGUCUGAACUCCUCAGACAAGUCAAUUGUGUUGUUAUGUCUAAAGCCUUUGCUAGUACGCUUUUACAGAUAGAAACCGCCUUGUUGGACCAAGAAAAUACAUCUGCACUUGAUCAAAGGGAAGUAAGUUCUAGUUUUGGUUUGGGCCGAGUAAUGAGGGUGGCUAAGGGAUGGUAUCAAGUGAAGGAGAGUGGUGAGCCGACUGUAGAAAAGAUGGCGGUUGAGCUGCUGUGGUUGGCUCAGAAGUUGGAGGAAAGUGGUGGCGGAGAGGUGGUGGUAGAGAAAUGGGGUUAUGCUAGGAAUUUGGGUUUGGCGGCUCUGGCGGCUGAGCCAAGGGUCCAAACUUCACUGGUCAAGCUUACAGCCUUCCUGAUCAAGCAUGCCAAGGAUUUGGGUAAAACACAACAGCAAAAGGAAACUAAAAUGAAUUUGUUAACAACAUGGCUUCCUUUGCUGUGUCGAGCCAGCAAUGGGACUGAUGCACCGACCCUAAGCACCAGCGAACGAGGAGAAAUCGAGAGAGCAUUGGAAGAAAUAAUAGACAUGAUUGAGAAUAAUGAAAACAGAGAAAAACUGCUAUCUCUGUGGCUCCAUCACUUUGCUCAGUGUCCUUCCUCAGAUUGGCCUAAUCUCCAUGGAUGCUACUUACGGUGGUGCAGUAGAGCUCGCAAGCAUCUGCUCGCAGAGGAUAGUCUAGAUUUUUUCUCUCAAAUGUAAUUGUAUUAUUAAUUUUCCUCAAGAAUGUGUACUAGGAGUACGCGAAACAUUCAUAAUUCUACGGCAAUAUUGUUUUUCUUUUUCUUAAAUACUCCAUAGGGGAGUUUGGGAGUCAGGUCGAUCCAAUGGAUCAAAGGUCGGAUCA